UCUUCUUCCUUGUUAAUGCCAGUUUCCGUUCAAACCCUAAAUCUUUUUGCUUGUUCCUCAUCAGCGGUCACACCAGAAACUUGAUAGAAUCAUAGUCAUCGAUUGACACAGCUUCAAGCUAAAAGAUAUAACAGUGAAGGUUUUCAAAUAGGAGCUGCAACUUAAUUGGGACCACUAAUGGCUGAUGAUACAACAGCCCUGGGUUACUGGUUGAACUGGAGGUUCUUUCUAUGUGCGUUAUGGAUCUUGAUUGCUAUGAUAGCAGCAACAACCUUAGUAAUCAAAUACGAAGUGUUCAGCAAAAAGACAAGUCGUGUAAAAGACCGCGAGCAUGAUGUGGAACCGAUUGGGAUUUUGUAUGAGGAUGAAACUUGGACGACCUCUUUGAAAGCACUCCAUCCUGCUUGGCUGCUUGUUUACAGAUUAAUUGCAUUUGGUGUGAUGUUGGCUUUGCUUAUUGCUAACCUGAUUCUUGAUGGAGCCGACAUACUUUUCUUUUACACCCAGUGGACAUUUGCUUUGGUCACUUUCUAUUUUGGGCUUGCGUCUUCACUCUCCAUCUAUGGGUGUUACCAAUAUUGGAAUGGAGUUGGUGACAAUAAUAUCAGUCACGCCAUUUUAGACACAGAACGAGGAACUUACAUGGCUCCCUCAGAGGGGUUGAAUUCCCAUAGUAUGCCCAUUAACCUGAGCAAUCAAGGUGAAACACAUGUUAGAAAGGCUGCUGGUAUAUGGGGAUAUUUCUUUCAAAUAGUCUUCCAGAUAUCUGCAGGCGCUGUUGGACUCACGGAUAGUGUGUUUUGGUUCAUAAUUUAUCCAUUUCUUACUCCUUCAUCCUACAGUUUAAAUUUCUUGGAUGUUAGUAUGCAUUCUAUCAAUGCUGUUCUCCUCCUUGUCGAUGUGGCUCUGAAUCGCCUGCGGUUCCCUUUCUUUCGUUUGGCAUAUUUUGUUUUAUGGACAUGUGUAUUUGUCAUUUUCCAGUGGAUCGUUCAUGCUUGCGUAUCAAUGUGGUGGCCAUAUCCCUUCCUUGAUUUAUCAUCUUCAUAUGCUCCCAUCUGGUAUUUAGGAGUGGGAUUGAUUCAUCUUCCUUCCUUUGGCAUCUUUGCACUCAUAGUUAGGGGAAAGCAACUUUUAUUGUCAAGAUUUUCUGGGACACAUGAAGCAUGAUAUGAUAUAGCAAUAACUCAACCAUUUUAACAAAAUCCUUAAGGUUAGAUCCUCUGUUCUUAGAAACUCACCAGGAUGUAUUCUGAUUCUUGGUAAAUUUUCUAUCUUCACAAACCCAGAUCAACAUAGUUUUAUCGACUUGUACCUGAUGCAAAAAGAACUUGUACUUUGAUAUGGAUUUCUAUGUUUUGGCUAUGCCAAAAGGCUACCAUUUUCA